CCGCGGACUUAGCACGAAUUGCGACCAGGACGCCCCCAUACCGUGAUUGGGGAGGGGGUCAUUUGUGAUCUAAGUUUUUUACGAUCUUUGAGCGCCCAUCCUUUCUAUACCGUCGAUCAUGGCUCGCACCCGGAGAAGUGCCAGCAAUCUCGGGGCGGAUAUCCGGGGGGACACGAGCGCCCCGGCGAUGUCGACCAUGAAUGAGGUGAGCCCGAUCGAGACGGAGGCGCCCAAAUGGGAUAAGGUCCUCCCGCCGCGCUCCUCCGAGCCGUCCAAGUCGCAGUCGAAGCGUCGCAAGAGUCGGUCCUUGCUCCACCGCUUCAAGGAUCUCUGCCUUAAGCACACCUGGGUUCUGCCGCUGUUGAUGGUGAUGGUCUUGCUCCUGGCGUAUGCGGUCAACCCGACGGAGAGCAACCCCAUGCACAGCGCCAUCUUCCUGUCCUAUCCCCAACCCCCGAAGACGCCGGGCGGCCCGAUCAUGUACGGCAAGGGCCCCAAGGAUAUCGCCUUCGUUUCCUUCUAUACGAUCGUCCUGUCCUUCACCCGCGAGUUCCUGAUGCAGCGCAUGAUCCGCCCGCUGGCCGUGUACUGCGGCAUCCGCGGCCGCGGCAAGACGGCGCGCUUCAUGGAGCAGGUCUACACCGCGAUCUACUUUGGCAUCUUUGGGCCCUUUGGUCUGUACGUGAUGAAGCGGUCGAAUAUCUGGUACUUCAACACGACGGCCAUGUUCGAGGGCUUCCCGCACCGCGAGCACGAGCCCGUGUUCAAGGCGUACUACUUGCUGGAGGCCAGCUACUGGGCGCAGCAGGCGAUCGUGCUGAUGCUGCAGCUGGAGAAGCCCCGCAAGGACUUUAAGGAACUGGUGGGACACCACAUCAUCACGCUGGCCCUGAUCGGAUUGAGCUAUCGCUUCCACUUCACGUACAUGGGUCUGGCGGUGUACAUCACGCAUGACAUUUCGGAUUUCUUCCUCGCUACGUCGAAAACGCUCAACUACCUCGACUCGAUCGUCACGGUCCCUUACUUCGGCAUGUUCGUGGGCAUGUGGAUCUACCUCCGACAUGUACUGAACCUGAAGAUCCUCUGGGCGACAUUGACGGAAUUCCGCACGGUGGGACCGUUCGAGCUGAACUGGGAAACCCAGCAGUACAAGUGCUGGAUCAGUCAGUACAUCACGUUCGCGCUGCUGGCGAGUCUGCAGGCGGUCAACCUCUUCUGGCUCUAUUUGAUCCUCCGCAUCCUGAAGAACUACAUCUUGAGCAACGUGACGAAGGACGAGCGGAGUGAUGACGACACCGAGGAGGAGGAGGAGACCCCCGCCCAGCCGCCGACGGCCCACGCGACGGGCACCGACGCGCCCACUCUCCGAGCACGCAACGCAGGCAAGGAGAACCAGGCGCCUCAGGUGCUGAUCAACGGGGAGCCCGUUAGCGACAAUGCCCAGAAAGGUCGUUAGCAGACAUAUGAUCCGGGAGUCUUAUCGUCGCUGCAGGACAGGCCAAUGACCUGAUCGAAUCAGGACAUGUGUCUGACAUGGGCUUGUCUAUAGUGGUGGAAUCGAUCCUGCAGCGACUAGAUCAAUCGUCAUCCUACCUUAUCCAGAGGGCGAUGUCGAUCCAGAGAGUGGCGCGUGAACCCUCUUGUUCAUUUUCCUUUUUUUUUUCCAUUUUCCCGUCCAUAUUUUAUCUUACUCUUUUUAGUUUUUUUAUUUUUUUACUUGUCUGUAC